AAAAUUACAGUUUUCUGUUUUCUGUAACCGUUUUUAGGUUAUUGUAUGUAUACAAAAACGUCCGAAAUGGACAUAAAAGCGAUUAAAACGGCCCUGAAGACAACUUUCAAGUUCGAUUCGUUCAAAUCGGACCUCCAAGAAGCUGCUAUUACCGAAAUUUGUCAAAGGAAGCACGACGUGGUAGUGUCAAUGCCCACCGGUUCGGGCAAGUCUCUAUGUUACCAACUCCCGGCUGUCUUACACCCCCAUCAAACAACUAUCGUUUUUUCGCCCCUUUUAGCCCUAAUCAAAGACCAAAUCGAUCAUUUGCAAGCCCUCAAAAUCCGGGCGAAGUCUCUCAACUCAAAAACGUCCAAAUCCGACCGAGAGGCACUCAUCGCCGACCUCAAAACCAAACAGCCCCUCACGAGACUCCUCUACAUCACCCCCGAACAAGCCACGACUAAAACCUUCCGUUCGCUUUUUGAUAAUUUAGUCAAGUUUGGGAAAAUUGCGUUUAUUGUAGUCGACGAGGCGCAUUGUGUGAGUCAAUGGGGGCACGAUUUUCGCCCCGAUUAUCUCAAAUUGGGGGAAUUACGCGUGAAAAACGUCCCGUUUGUGGCCUUAACCGCUACGGCGGGCUCCGAAGUCACCAAAGACAUAAUCACGAGUCUGAAACUCGCAAAAGACUUUAAACUUUUCAAGACUUCGUGUUUUCGCCCCAAUUUGUAUUACGAUGUCUUUUUUCAAAACCUUCUAGAGAACGAGUUUCUCCACUUGAAGAAAUUCAUUAUUGAGUGUCUUAAAGACAACGAGGGGGCUGCCAAGGAGAAUCAAGGGUGCGGGAUUGUCUAUUGCCGGACUAGGGAACAAACAGAAGCUGUAACCUACAAAUUAAACAGUUUAGGGGUCAAAACUAGGGCUUAUCAUGCAGGUUUGAAAAACUCGGAACGAUUGGAGUGUCAAGAGGAGUGGCAAAGGGGCGACACACAAGUCAUUUGUGCCACUAUUAGCUUCGGAAUGGGGGUCGACAAGGCCACAGUAAGAUUCGUCGUACAUUGGGGGAUUCCCAAAGACCCGGCUUCGUUCUAUCAGGAGUCAGGUCGAGCAGGCCGUGACGGUAAACCGGCCAAUUGUCGCAUUUACUACAACCGAGCCGAUAGUCGAGCCAUUUCGUUUCAUCUUAAUCAUGACCUUGCCAAAAGCAAGGACAAGAAAAUCAAGGCCGAAAAUGCGAUUAAAAGUUUUAAGAAAAUGGUUGAGUUUUGUGAAAUUGCCGACUAUUGUCGACAUAAAUUAUUCAGUGAUCAUUUCGGGGAAUCCCCACCAAAGUGUGUCAAUAAAUGUGAUUAUUGCACCGAUAAGAAGGCUGUGAAAAAAAUGGUGGAAGAGUUUCAUGUGAAAAGUAUAGAAUAUAGUUCGGUUGCAUUUAAGUCACAAAGUGAGGAUUAUUCCGAUUUGUAUGGUGGUGGACGUAGAGAGCAGCAGGAGGCAUUUGAUGAUUACCGAAAUGAAAGUUCGGAUAGUGAAGAUCGUGAUGUCAAAGCACGGAAAGAAUCAAAUUUAUUAAUACAAAAACAAUUUGCUUUAAGGCGUAGCGCACAGGAAGUGUCACAAAAGACGAUCGAGAAACUAUUUUCGAAACAUACACGUGUGAGGGCAGCAGCAUCGACUUCUAGUAAAGUUAAAGGUUUAACGUUGGCAAUACGCGAACAGUAUUUGAGCAAAAUUGUGGAAGUUUUAUUCGAUAAUUACAAGAAAUGUGCAAAUGAGCAAGUUUUUGAUCGAAAAGACGUCGAGGAUUGUGCUGUUGAUAUUGAAUAUUCAGUUUUUUCAGCAAAUACCACGAUGACGAUGUACCGGAGUUCAGUUGCGAAGCUUAUUUCGGCAAUAAAACGCUCAACUGAUGAUAAAAACGUGUAUGAAUCGUUGGUGAGUUUCGCCCCAAAGCCGGCCAAAUAUGAGACAAUCACCGAUUUGUUCCGCAACAUCGAAAAAGAGCAAAGACAGACAAAGACUGAAGUGAAAGGGGGCCCAGACGUUGUGUUCCAAACCGCAAGUCAACUCUACGAAACGAAUCGAGGGGGUUUUCAGACCGCGAGCCAAGUGAUAGAGACGUUGUGCGAAAGCGAGGAUAUGGGGGAGAAAAAGCGCGAUUUGUCAACUCUGUUUGGGGAGGAAUCGGAUGAUGAGGGGGCGAAAAAGGAAGACAGGAAACGGAAGCAUGAAGACAGGCAUAGGAGGCAUGAGAAGAAACUGAAAACGGGAGGAGAGUCUUCCAUUGAUAAAGAAUAUGAAAAGUUUGUAGAAUCAGUGGAAAGUAGUACCAAAAACAAGAAAAAUAAAUUGAAAAAAACCGAAAUUGGGAAUCUCGUUGUUAAACUAUUAACGCCGGCUUAUGUGGAGCGCCGGUUUGAAUCUCGAGACACCUUCAAAAGCACAGCUAGGAAUAUUUCACAUGCUUUAAUCGAUAAAGAUGAAAGUGAAAUCAAGGAAUACAUUGAAGACUUUUUGAAGAAAAACGAUGAAAUUACGUCACAAACCGUAUUGUGAAACGUUUAAAUUAAGACAGUUAGGGCCAGUGUUACAUAACCUCAGUUUUUUGUUUUGUGUAACAAUUAUUACAGUUUUGCGACGGCUAUUGAGUUUUAAUAUGAAUAAAUGAACGAGUUUUAUUUUCA